AACUAAGCUGGCGCUCAUUAGCCUGCAUGAAGUAACACAUGGUGGCAGUUUACGAGGCAGACUGCCUAAAUCUGGAAGCAAUCUGCCUUCUAAGGCAGACUACGUGAAUGAAUGAUCAGCUUUCAUGGGAGAGCGAAACAAUGUCAGGAUAAAUUUGGAUAGGGUGAGAUGCAGCGGUGACGGCACAAUAUAUGCCCAUGACCAAUUUUUGAUAAUCUGCCUUGCAGAGCCUCUCAAGGCUUUCACAGAAAAUCUGGUAUAUUGUCAGAAGAGUUCCGCUUUCUCCCACGGUCAAUAUUAGCGAUCAAUUCGAUAGUCAAUCUAACUACACACCGGAAUCGCACUGUGAUACAAUCAUUCACUAUUCACGAUGCCAAGGACCUCAGGACUCACUGAAUCGAUUAGUUCGACGACCGAUUACACCGAUAGAAAACCCAAACGAACAAACAGCUGGGAGACGAGGAAUGCGAUUGUCUAUGAUGUAUCCGCACAAAAAUUAUCAAAGACAGAGCGUAAAUCCAUCGAAGGUAUGUAUUCAGUUUCGUUCAGAGAAGUGUUUACUGAUAUUACAUCAGCCGAUCAUACUCGUAUCAAGAUUCCCAAACGCUCUCUAAGCCCUUUACGGAAGGACAAUGUUCGCAUUACCAUGCCAUUGAACUCAACAGCAGGGUCGGAUAUUCUUGCAGAAGUCAAGUUGAGCAGUCUUGGAUUGAAAGUCGCAUUUGAGCGGUAUCGGGGUAAUAUCGACGAGAUUUGGAUAAAGGGUAUUCCACAAUACGCGCUUUGAAGAAGUUGAGAACAUGUAAACAGCAAUUGGGCAUUUGGAAGAUAUAUGAGGACAUCUCCCGAUGUAUUCGAGUGCCGUGUAUUACCAUUUUUAGCGCUUCGAACUAAGGCGGAUGUUGGGACUUUGCCUGGCGCACUAGACACUUUGAUUUUUUGACAUUAUGGAUUCAUCAAGUUUAUCAAGACAUGAA